CUAACGUUAGCUCAACUAGUUAGCUCGCAAGCCGACUGGGCUGGACGGUGGCAUAGCAGGCACAGCAGUUAGCACACUCAAACUGCCUGUAACAUCGGACUGGCUGGUAAAUCAAUCUCGUGGUGCUCCAUCAACCGUAUUUCAUCGGAUGAAUUGAUCUUGAAUGAGUAGGGAAGACUGUAAAACACAACUAUGCAGACCAUCAAGUGUGUUGUAGUUGGGGACGGUGCUGUGGGUAAAACCUGCCUGCUCAUCUCUUACACCACAAACAAGUUUCCGUCUGAAUAUGUACCCACGGUCUUUGAUAACUAUGCGGUUACUGUAAUGAUUGGAGGCGAGCCCUACACUCUGGGCUUGUUUGACACAGCAGGUCAGGAAGACUACGACAGGUUACGACCCCUGAGUUAUCCUCAGACAGAUGUCUUCCUCGUCUGUUUCUCUGUUGUGUCUCCCUCCUCCUUUGAAAACGUUAAAGAAAAGUGGGUUCCAGAGAUCACCCAUCACUGUCCAAAGACCCCCUUCCUCUUAGUUGGGACGCAGAUUGACUUGCGGGAUGACCCCUCAACUAUAGAGAAGCUGGCCAAGAACAAGCAGAAGCCCAUUACCCCGGAGACGGCCGAGAAGCUGGCAAGAGACCUUAAGGCCGUGAAAUAUGUGGAGUGCUCCGCCCUCACACAGAAAGGCCUAAAGAAUGUGUUUGAUGAGGCAAUAUUGGCUGCAUUGGAGCCCCCAGAGCCCAAGAAGAAACGCAAAUGUGUGCUGCUAUGAGAGGUCCCUGCCUUUUUUGCAGAACCCCCCCCCCCCACACACACACACACACACACAUACACACAAACACACACAAACAACACAUCCAGACAUGCUUAAAAUGCAUACACACCCACAUGCCCCCCGGCCCCUAAACCCCUUCCCCUUGCUCUGCUAAGGCUGAUUGACAGCAUUGUCUUUGACAGGGAAGAC